CCCGCGGAGCCGCGCCACACGCCGCGGGAGCUCGGACCGGGCGCCAGAGCCUCCAGCGCUCCCGAGCCGCCGGCAGCCCCGCGCUCGCCAUGUCGGUCGCGCCCAGCAACAGGUUUCAAGGGGGGAAGGCGUUCGGCAUGCUCAAGGCCCGGCAGGAGCGGCGGCUGGCCGAGAUCAACCGGGAGUUUCUCUGUGACCAGAAGUACAGCGAUGAGGAGGACCUGCCAGAGAAGCUCUCAGCCUUCAAAGAGAAGUACAUGGAGUUUGACCUGAACAAUGAAGGCGAGAUCGACCUGAUGGCUUUAAAGAGGAUGAUGGAGAAGCUCGGGGUCCCCAAGACCCACCUGGAGAUCAGGAAGAUGAUCGCGGAGGUGACAGGUGGGGUCGGCGCCACCAUCUCCUACCGAGACUUUGUGAACAUGAUGCUGGGCAAACGGUCGGCCGUCCUCAAGCUAGUCAUGAUGUUUGAAGGAAAAGCCAAAGAGAGCAGCCCCCAGCCGGCUGGCCCCCCUCCAGAGAGAGACAUUGCCAGCCUGCCCUGAGGACCCGCCGGCACCUGUCCCUGCCUUCCCGGCCCUCCCCCCUCCUUAUCUCGCUGCCCUCUGGACUCAUGUUUUGUCUAUUUGGUUUUUUUGGUCGUUGGGCAUGUUUAUUUGUUUUCUCCAUCUGCAGAAGCAGUGAUCUCUUUGUAAAGCGCAAAUUAUCUGCCUUAGAGGGGAUCUGGGGCCCCUCCCUCUUCUUCCACCCUCUCCCCACCCCCGAGCACGCAGAAGGGCUGACGUCAAACCAAAAACGGGAGAGGGCGAGGCUCAGGCUGGGAGGCUGGAAGCCUGAGAUUCCUCCCCCUGCCUCCCCCCCGCUCGGAGCCUUCUUCCCAGAAGCCAUGCUUCUCAUCCUCAGUGAGCUGGCAGGAGGAAGGAAGCAACCUGAGCCCUUCAGGAAGGUUCCAGAAGAAAUCCUCCAGCCUUGCCCCUUGGCAGUUCAGAAGGAGUCCUGUCUCUUGCUGGGCAGCAGAGGGCUUUGGAGAGAGAGGGGAGGCCAGGGGCCUUGGGGAAGGGGGUCUUCUCAGGCUAGUCCUACCUUGUAGGGAGGAUACUGAGGGCGACAGGCUAGGAGAAUGCAGAAUAAAAUGCCU